AAUUUGACGUACACUAAAUACGGUUUACUUUCCGAGUUAAAGGCCUUUGUCUAGUAUAAAUUCGCAUUAGUAAUUCCGUACUUGUAGGAGAAAACAUUACAGUUUAAUUUUUUUUUAUCGUAUCGUCUUUUUGAAUCGGUAUAAGAUAUAUAAUUUGAAUUUUCUACCAAAAGAAUUUUCGAUUAUGAAAUCCUGCUUCAAGACUGCGUGUUUACAAGCAAUACAAAUUCACAUUUCAUGACAACAAAAGAAUGUCACGUCCAGCAGAACCAAAGUUACCCCCUCCAAGGCAAGCAGAAUUUCUGUUUGAUGACUGGACAAUAAAAGUGACAAAAAGCCAUAUUAUGGGGUCUCAGUGCGAGGUUCAAGGUGGAUGUGAUGAAUCCCUGGAGCCUGAAAAACUAUGUAAUCUUUGCCGAUAUGAGCAUAUUUUACGGCUUCCAUCCCUACCAGAUAUGGUCUUUGCAGACAACACACUAAAAAUCUCUCAUAAGGGGGGAGGCAGCAUUAAGUUCAGUGCUCUGGAUGCUCUCCAGUGUGUGAAUGUACAUGAGGAAAACCUACAGGUUGCACAUGCUGAAGCAUGGAAAGAGGCAAGGUCAGACUGUGAAUUUGCCCAGAAGGUUGUAAAACCUUAUGACUGGACUUUCACCACUGACUUCAGGGGUUUAGGGGGGGAAAUUUUCCCGAGAAACUUCUGGCGAUUUACCUGGGGGAAAUUCGGUGUAUGCCUUAAACUUGAUAUGGUAAGAUUUGAAGUCAGUCAUAAUGUUUGCUGGAACGACAUGGUAAGAAUUUCGGACGUGUCUGAUCACAUGAACACAUUCGUGGUGGAUACGAUAUGUAUACCUACUUGUAAUCAUAAUUCCUUUCAGGUUGAUGCCUCUGUAUACAAAGAUCCAGAUGUGGUAUGGCAGCAUCUUCCACUAGUGACAGAAACAGUUGAUAAGUUAGUUGUGGUAUAGUAGAUUUUAUCUAUCAGUGGCAAAUUAAUGAAGUUAUAUAUUUUUUUCCGUGCCCCCCCCCCCCCCCUUAAGAAAAAUCAAGUUUGUUUUUGUAAAGGUAUGAUUUGUUUGGGGAAGACAGACACCAUUUAGCUGGGAGCUUAGUAAGAUUCAUGACUGCAGUAUAUUUCUGUUUACUGGUAUUGUGUUCUAGCAAGUUUAUGGUAAAGCAUUUUUGAAGUACAUAAGUAAAAUUAGUAUGCAGUCUCAGAUUGUAUGUACAAAAUUGUCUUUUUCAUUAUGUGCUAAAGGUGUGAAUAAUUUAUAGAGAGAGUUGUGAAUAGAAGGAUCUCAUAUCACAUCUUAUCUUGUUUUCUUAUGAACCCAAAUGAAGUUUGUUUCAUAAUUUUCAGGACUCCCUUGAUUAUACUCAAACACUAAUUCCAAAUGUAAAAUAAAAAAAAAUCAUUUUUAUAGGUAGGACGAACAGAAAAAUUGGUUUGACGUUGAGUUUAUUUUUAAACUGAAAAAUUAGCAACACUUUCAGGCUCUUGCCAUAUUUGAAAUAUACCCAAAAUCUUAAGUUUGUGCAUUGAAAUACAUGGACCUCAUCAGUUUUUUCCUUCAACACCAGUAAAAUUAUAAAGGAUGAUGCACAUAAUUAUAUGCACAUAAAAAAAUUACACAAGUUCAUUCAUAAAUGGGGCUUCAUUAUAACUUACAUGGCAAUGAUGGCUAAAACUUAUUAGUAUAAUUCAAACUAUAGUGCACUUGUGCAUCAUAGUCAGGAACAAUGUAUAAACAGAAUAAAUAGAAACAGCAUUUUCUUUCCUCCAGACACUUUCUCCAUACUUUAAUAAAAGCAUCUUUCUGAUUGAUUUGUGCCUUCAAUUACAAAGUAAAUUACAGAACACUGGCCUGUUUUAGAGAUAGAAAUUUAACAAACAAUUAAUUAAAUGACCCAAAUGGACAUGCAAGUAUUCUGCAAUUGCUUAAUUAGUAGACUCACACUACAUACUAGGUAUAAAAAUGACACUGGUUAAGGGAAUCACUUUCAACUCAAAAGAUCCAUUUUGCUUUGUUUCUUUAAUAUGACAAGAAUAACAGUGGUAAAUUCCCUGUAAAUUAUCCUCUUACUAUAAUAAUGGCAGCUGACUUAUUGAAUUAAAGAAAAGGUUUGCUUUUUUCAGAAGUAGAAAAUUAUCUCCCAAUAAAAUGCUUCCACUCUCUCAUAUGUCAGAACAAAUACCAAAUUGAAACAGUUGUAUGCAAAACUUUCAAAUCCUUAAAUUUAUAUAAAAUUAUAUUUGAACUUUAAGAUAGAAGUGUUAAAAGUACCAAUAUGAGGCUUCAAUUAACAUAUUGUGCAGUUAAGAAAUACCAUUUGUUUAUGCAACAUGGUAUCCAAAAUACUUCAAACAAUACCUUGUUACAAGGUUGGUAUUUGCUUCAGGCAAUAAAUUGUACAUUAUUUUGCAUGGUUUCAGAGAACAUGGAUAUGAAAAAUAAAUUUAAAGAAUAACAUUUUUUAAAUGUAUAUAUACUUUACCAUUUGUUUAUGGAAAUGCACAACAUUCAUAUCUUUCUAUAUUAUUGUAAUUUUUCUUUUCAAUCAUUUUCCCUGUUAUCAAUAGUCAAGAAAAAUUCAUUAAAAAUAUUUAAACCUCUCUACAAACUUCUGACUUGUCUAAAUAUUAACCAAAAUAGACUUUUAAUAAUCAACAAUAUUAGGUAUUACAAAAGAUUCAGUGAAAUUUCUAGAAGCAAUUGGAAGACUGAAGCAUUUCUUUCAGUUGCAGGACGUCUACUGCAAAGAAUUCAUCUAAAAAUUAUUAACAAUGUAACAGCUUUUAACAAAAAUGCAACAUCUAUUCUCCUGUACAUAACAUUCAUAAAGGACUGCAUAUGAACAUUAGAGACAGCUUAGUGACUAAAUCAAACUCUGAGUAGCAUUGAAAAGGCAAGAAAACAGUUUACAAAGAGCAAAUUUCUGAAAAUAAAUGCAUGUACAUCAGAAAGCAACUUUUUAAAUUGAACAUGAAAUAAUGAGCAAUAAUUUAUGAGAUAUAGAGAUUAU